CAAUGACAAUUUUAUUAACAAAGACUUGGCUUAAAGGACUCGCAUCCAGGCUAUAAUUGUAAAAAAAAAAUAUAUUGCUUGAACUUUGCGAGAAACGAGAUUUUUGAUUUUCCAAUAUUAAUUUAAUUGAAUAGCUUCAAAGUGCUGAAUUAUCUUAAUAUAAAACUGCUUUUUUUUAAUUUAUUCAAUCUGCUGUUUAUUGUUCCUUUAUUUGAACAAAAUUAUGAAUUUACAAGGGUCGGCCGUCAGUCACGAAGUAAAUAGUGAUUUAUCUAAAAUAGCUGGGUUGCAGCAGAAGAGAACUUUGGCGUUUGUUAACCAUUUUCUCGUAACUACUGUACAGUUUUUGAAUAAGUUUACAAAGGACUGUGAAGAAAAACUAAUGCAUUUUGAACGGAAACUUGAAAAAGUUAAUGCUACCAUGGUUUUGUUGGAAGCUAAGCUAUCAUCAAUUCCAGAAGUAAACAUUCGAUCACAAAGUAUGACUGAGGACCGCGAACCUCAAGAUAAAAAUGCAGGUAAACCACAUAGUAUACCAGUAAAUGGUGCAGAGCCAUCACACAGUACAAACCCAGAAACAUCUGAAGGGAAUGAUACUAGGGUGGCAAAUGAGACUGCCACGGAGGAAACAGCUGUAACUCCUGAGUACAUGAGGUUUGUAAAAAUGGUACAGGUGGGGGUGCCUUUACAGGCUGUUAAACUGAAAUUAACACUAGAAGGCUUAGACCCCAUUGUAUUUGAUAAAAUAAUUAACAAAUAGGAUAACUAAAAAUAUUAUAUGAACUUAGUUAUGUAAGAACUAUAUUUUUUCAAAAGGGUUCUAUGUAAAUAAUGAAAUGUUACAAUCAUAUAUGUAUAAAAUCAAAUAAAUUUAUUUAUUUACAUGCCAA